GCCGGGUCGGGAGGGGCCCACCAGCCCGGGAGACACUCCAUAUACGGCCAGGCCCGCUUUACCUGGGCUCCGGCCAGGCCGCUCCUUCUUUGGUCAGCACAGGGGACCCGGGCGGGGGCCCAGGCCGCUAACCCGCCGGGGGAGGGGGCUCCAGUGCCCAACACCCAAAUAUGGCUCGAGAAGGGGAGCGACAUUCCUGUGAGGCGGCUCGGGGGGAGAACCCGCGGGCUAUAUAAAACCUGAGCGUGGGGACCAGCGGCCACCGCAGCGGACAGCGCCGAGAGAAGCCUCGCUUCCCUCCCGCGGCGACCAGGGCCCCAGCCGGAGAGCAGCAGGUGUAGCCACCCGCCCAGAAACCCGACGCCAUGUGUGACGAAGACGAGACCACCGCCCUUGUGUGCGACAAUGGCUCCGGCCUGGUGAAAGCCGGCUUCGCCGGUGACGACGCCCCUAGGGCUGUGUUCCCGUCCAUCGUGGGCCGCCCUCGCCACCAGGGCGUCAUGGUGGGUAUGGGUCAGAAAGAUUCCUACGUGGGCGACGAGGCUCAGAGCAAGAGAGGUAUCCUGACCCUCAAGUACCCCAUCGAGCACGGCAUCAUCACCAACUGGGACGACAUGGAGAAGAUCUGGCACCACACCUUCUACAACGAGCUCCGGGUGGCCCCCGAGGAGCACCCCACCCUGCUCACCGAGGCCCCCCUCAACCCCAAGGCCAACCGCGAGAAGAUGACUCAGAUCAUGUUUGAGACCUUCAACGUGCCCGCCAUGUACGUGGCCAUCCAGGCAGUGCUGUCCCUCUACGCCUCCGGCCGUACCACCGGCAUCGUGCUCGACUCUGGCGACGGCGUCACCCACAACGUGCCCAUCUAUGAGGGCUACGCGCUGCCACACGCCAUCAUGCGCCUGGACCUGGCCGGCCGCGAUCUCACCGACUACCUGAUGAAGAUCCUCACCGAGCGUGGCUACUCCUUCGUGACCACAGGUGCGCGGCGCCGGGGGCUCCCUGGGCAGGUGGGCGGGCUGCGCGCAAGUCCCCGGCCCAUGCUGAGGGCUCCUCCUCCGCCCCGGUCCCCCGCAGCUGAGCGCGAGAUCGUGCGCGACAUCAAGGAGAAGCUAUGCUACGUGGCCCUGGACUUCGAGAACGAGAUGGCCACCGCCGCCUCCUCCUCCUCCCUGGAGAAGAGCUACGAGCUGCCAGACGGCCAGGUCAUCACCAUCGGCAACGAGCGCUUCCGCUGCCCGGAAACGCUCUUCCAGCCCUCCUUCAUCGGCAUGGAGUCGGCGGGCAUCCAUGAGACUACCUACAACAGCAUCAUGAAGUGCGACAUCGAUAUCAGGAAGGACCUGUACGCCAACAAUGUCAUGUCAGGGGGCACCACCAUGUACCCGGGCAUCGCUGACCGCAUGCAGAAGGAGAUCACCGCUCUGGCCCCCAGCACCAUGAAGAUCAAGAUCAUCGCCCCGCCGGAGCGCAAGUACUCCGUGUGGAUCGGCGGCUCCAUCCUGGCCUCGCUGUCCACCUUCCAGCAGAUGUGGAUCACCAAGCAGGAGUACGACGAGGCCGGCCCAUCUAUCGUCCACCGCAAAUGCUUCUAAACCCCAUUCCAACAGCUGCGACUUCUCCUCAGGACGACGAAUCUGCUCAAGUGCAGUGGCUGACCUCGAGCCACCAAGCGGCAACUGCUCUCCCACCGCCUGCGUUGCUGCUGCCCAAACCGACACAAUGUUUAUAACGUGUACAUACAUUAACUUAUUUACCUCAUUUUGUUAUUUUUAAAACGAAGCCCUGUGGAAGGAAAUGGAAAACUUGAAGCAUUAAACUCAGCCAUUCUGUUAUGCUGCGUAAAA